CGACAGUAUACCACUGUUGGUAAACAUAACUAAGGUAAACAGUUACUCGUCAUGGUAGAUCCGCUCCAAAAUUAGAAACCUUUGAAAUUACUGGUUGUGUUUUGAAAUGGUCCGUAAGUGUUGCGUUUCAGACUGCAAUUCUAAUUACGAUGCGGUGCUGCGAAAGGGUCAGAGUGUAAUCAGUACUUUUAAAUUUCCCGAUGAUCCCGAACUUCGAAACCGUUGGAUCCGAGCUGUGAAGAGAGGUGAUAAUUGGAAACCAGGUACAACAGCAAGCGUUUGUAUCAAUCACUUUCAACCGGAAGAUAUACUGAAAUACGGUAAACCUGCCAAGUUGAAACCGAACGCGGUUCCAACCAUUUUUGGGCUAGAACUAAACAAAAUCCGCACUCCUAUUAAACGCGGUAGACCAAGGACCACGGUAGUAGAUCCACGCACAACGAAAUUAGACUGUGCGGAACAUAUAACUGAGGAAUACGUAGCUCCUGUGAGGAAUGUCUUGGAAGAGUUGAUCUUAGACUUCGAAAGCUUCAAUCAGCGAGUAGACAGUGAAAAAUUAGAGCGUUGGCACCAUUAUCGAAAUAAUAAUAUUCUGCAUUUCUACAACAUUAUUGAUGACGAUGUAAACGACGCUAUACGGAUAGGAAAUAGUAUAAAAGUUUUCCAGGAUAUGACAAUAAGUCUAUUUAUAGGAAACCUGAAGCAAGCUGACGAGGUCUUAACUUGGGCUCUAGGGCAGGAAUUGAAAAUAUCUCGAUGGUCGCAGUUUGACAUAAUAUUACAGAAAUACGAUAGAAAAAUCCUGAACUUGCGAGAAGUGAAUAACGGAUGUGACCCUCAACUAGAAAGUAUACAAGACACCAAUGAGAAUACAAUUGCGUAUGAUGAUCGUAACUGUGAUAGUUUAAUUAUUGAAACAAUAGAUUAUAACAGAGAAUGCUCACAGACUAUACAGUUGGAAAUAGAAGCCAAUUUGGAUUCGCAUGAAAACAUUGAAUUUCUAACAAUAGAGGACAAUGACGAAUCUACGUUUAUUGAGGAUUCUGUUUGCAAGCGUAAUCCCCUUCGAAUCUCCAAACAGCAAGCAUUGACGCUGGAAGAACGGUGCGAACGAAGAACUGUUCACGAAACUAUACGAGAUUUGAAAAAAGCGCGAAACAAAUGUUUCAUAUGUAGUCAGGAACACGAGUCCAUUGAGGAACUUGAGCAUCACUUACCAGAACAUAUUGCUAUGUUACCAUAUCGUUGUACCGAAUGUGUUUCACAGGAAAUUACGUUGAAAACUCUUGCAUCAUUGAAUAAACAUUUCUUGAUGCAUUUGAAACCGUUAAAGUGUCGAACUUGCGAUGUAAGGUUUUCUAGCUAUGGAACAAGAUUGUUGCACGAGCAGAACAGUCACGAGUAUAAUAGACCAUUGACGUGCGAUGUUUGUGGAAAGGUGCUGAAAUCGCUUCGAGGUUAUCAGUAUCAUAUCAAGAUCCAUACUGAACCGGAAACAAUGAAAUGCCAAAUUUGUGGGAAAGUUCUCUCAUCCGGCUACGAACUGAAAUUACACAUGCGAGUUCAUACCAAGGAAAAACCAAACCAUUGCCCUUUCUGCGAUGCAACUUUUAACAGAGUGUCCAAUCUGGUUGAACACAAACGACGUUAUCACUUUAAAGAAAAACCAUUUGUUUGUACGGUUUGUGAUGAGCGUUUUCUGUCCAAUGCUGAACACUCACGUCAUAUAUUAAGCCAUGAUCCUGCAGCAUUUAAGGGGUCUAAAAAGAAUAGAGCACGGAGAAUGAAUGCAGUAGUAAAUGAGAAGUUUACGAAAGACUACCAAUGCUUGAUCUGUGGUAAACGAAUGUCGGCUAGGGUCAACUAUCAUUCACACAUGCGAAAACAUCGGAAACAAUAUCAAUGCAGCUAUUGUGGCCUUCGAAUAGGACAACGUAGAGAUUUUAUGGAUCAUGAAAACACUCACACCGGGAAUAGGCCUUACAAGUGUGAAAUUUGCUCGAAACGGUUCCAAACAUCGUCUACGUAUUACGGUCACCGAAAAGUCCACUCAACGGAGAAACGUUUUGCGUGUGAUGUUUGUGAUCGUCGAUUCAGUCGACUGACGCAUUUGACUUCGCAUUCUAGGACACAUUCUGCGGCAGGCCAGGAACAACGAGUUACUCAUCGUACCAGCGGUAAUCAUUGCGAUGUUUCACAAUGUAAGCCCGUAGCGUCCAACUGCACUAUUAUGCCUGCAGGUGAUUCUAUGUGUACAAAUAUGAGUGCUCCUGAACAUGCGACAUCCUUGACAAAAGUGAAGGAUUGCGAGAAACUAUUAUUUGAAGUCCAAACAUCGGGAUCGUAGCAAUUACAGUUUUCUCAAAAUAUCCAAGCGGUGAUUUCUGUUGAAGCUGAAAUGAUCUACUCUCCUAAUGUUGCCCAAAACUAAACGAUUUAACGACUGGUUUGCAAUGAAUAUAUUUUUCCAAAGCUACUAUAAGUUAUGCAUCUUAAACUAUAGGAAACAUUGAUAGAGAAACAGAUUGUAAUGUACGGUGUCCGAUGCCACUGUGUUUAAGCAGUAUUGGAACACUAACACUUUUCUAGAUUUAUAUAAGUGCAAGUCAGUCACAUGUAGAUGGGGAGUUCUGUAGAACAUAGGGCUGACUUAGGAUAAUGGGCAGUACAGGGAUUUUGUACUUUCAAGUAAUCUAGUAUAGGUUGUAGAUGAUUGUACGUCGAUUCCCGGUUUACCAUUUCCCGGAAAACCAUUUUCCGGAAUGUCAUUUCCCAGAAAACCAUUUCCCGGAAUGUACCAUUUUCCGGAAAACCAUUUCCCGGAAUGUACCAUCUCCCAGAAUAUCAUUUCCCGGAAUGUACCAUUUCCCGGAAUACUAUUUCCCGGAAUGUACCAUUUCCCGGAAUACCAUUACCCGGAAUGUACUUUUUCUCGGUAAUUAUUUAUACUAUUGAAAUCUAAAGUAAACAUGUAAUUUGAACUUUAAGAACAAAUCCAGAGCUAUGUUGACUUACAUAUAUGGUAUUCUAUAGCAUUCAAAAUCUUAUCAUUUUAUAGAAGGCAAUAUCAUGAACAAUCCACUAGAGAUUUUGAGCCGAGUUUAUAGAAACAGUCAACAGUUUUUUCGGCAUUUAAUUAGCAAGGGACUGGAAGGUGAAGUAUAUUUUUCAAUAUUUAGAGCCAUAGUACUCAAGGGAGAGCAAGGUGUUGAAAGGAGAAAGUUUAGAAAAGCGUGGAAGGAUCAUAUAUGCAAGCUUAGAGCUCACCGGCGACUUAACCUUUUGUCUGCUACCGUAGGGGUCAGGGUCUUUUGGCAUUAGAAAUGCGAAUCACCUGAGUCUACGGCAUGUCCGAACAAGCGUAAAGUAACUUGUUACUUCAUGCUGUCGGAACCGACUGAACAGCCCAACGAAUCAUGUGUUUUUUACCUUCCAAGAUGUUUGUGGACCUGCAUAAACGUGGCCUGGUUACAUAUAGAGAAUUCUGGUUUCUAAAAACUUUAAUUAUCACGAGCGUUUACAAUUAACUACUUUUUUCGUGAAUGGUCUUCCAGAGGAAUGGGUUAAAUUUAUCGUCGAAAUCAAAAGAUUUCAUUUUCGCCGUUACAGAAGAGUAAUCUUGGAUUUGUUAAAUUAUUUUAACAAGGAAUCCGUGAAAAAGAAAUAUUUUUCCUUUUGUAUGAGUCAUUCCAUUUACGUAUAUUUAGAUGGAACACCGAGAGAGCUACCAACUUUUAAACUAAACUAACCUAUUCUCCUCUAUUCUUUAUUUCACAUUAUUCCGCGACAAAUAAAAUUUACAAUCAAGAUAUGAUAAGCUUUAUAGAUAUUGAUUGAAAGUGCUGGAAUAAAACAUGAUGACAUUCUUCUACAUUCCAAGUUUUUGUUUGGUUCGCUUGACACCUUAUCUUUGCUCUCUGAUCAUAUUAAUAAAAAACAAGCUCUCAUAAACCAAUAAAGUACCAGAAAACAGACUAUGCUUAAAAAAGGCAAAGUCUCAAAGAAGAUUGUUAAGAAUUAUUAAUUUUCAAAAAAAAGUAUUCAAAUUUUAAAGAAGACAAAUUCAAAAAUAUUUUUCAUGAUUUGCUCAUCUCCAAAAGAAGGCGAAUAAGCUUAUAGAAUAACAAUUAUAAUUCAAAAAGUUAUAACCCCACAGAAAAUCCUCCCGAUUUUCCCACCGACUAAAUCGGUUUGCGUCGGCACAAUCGGCCGACUAUGCCACCAAUAGAUCGGUCGAUUGUUGCUCCGACUCUUAUGGGGGUUUAACAUGGACGUCAGCCGACGCGACAAUCGAUUAAAUAUGACAGACGAAAUCUGUUGAAAUCGCUCUAUUUCAACCAAUUAAAUCGAUCGAUUAGUUGAUAGUUUAAAACUGGAACCAGAUUCACACAGAUUAAAUCUGGCGAUUAAUACGGUGACGAAAAUUGUCCACCGACGAAACCCAACUUGGUCGUUUAAUUAAUCUGUCGACCUCGAAGCACCCGUUUUCGUCGGUCGACUGUGAAAUUUAUGAACUGUCAUAUUUUCUAUGGGGAAGGUAUGUUAGGACCACUAGUACUUAAAUCCAAUAAAACACCAAGAAUAUUUUGAAAGAGUACUUAAAAGAAUGUGAAACUACAUAGAAAUAGAAAGUACAUAUAAAUCAAAAACAUGCCAAAAAUAACGACAAGGAAGCAUGCAUGCAUAAGAAAGAAAAACCGGAUUUUUUAGAUGCUCCAUAAAAAUCCCAAAAUAAAUAUAUCUGAAGUAUUGUUGAUAUGUUAUUCUAACUUACAUUUAAAAUCAAUAAAAUUUCAAACUACUUUUUAUGUUCUAAAAUCGAGAGAAUUUCGUAGUUUGUUUGACAAUUGCUGCGUAGCAAGCGUAAUCAAAAUGAGUGGUGGCAAGGUACGUGGUUUAAUAUAUUUUCCGGGAAAUGGUUUUCCGGGAAAUGGAACAUUCUGGGAAAUGGUUUUUCCGGGAAAUGGUACAUUCCGAGAAAUGGUUUUCUGGGAAAUGGUACAUUCCGGGAAAUGGUUUUCCGGGAAAUAGUACAUUCUGGGAUAUGGUUUUCCGGAAUAUGGUAUACCGGGAAAUGGUAUUCCGCGAAAUGACGUACAACCGUUGUAGAUCUCAUCAAACGCAACACAAAAUAAUAGAUGAAAACUGCUGUAUUCCCUUAAAAUCUUGAUUUAUGCAAAAAAAAACUAUUUUUCGGGACAUGCGGCACCAAUAAAGUUUUUGUGAAAAAUACUAUGCGAUUUUGGGACAGCAAUAUAAAAGUAACACAUUUUUCGAUUUUUCCAUAAAAAUAUGAAAAUUACUCAAAUUAUUAUAAAAAGCAUCUUUAUUCUAAUUAAAAUAUGGAGAGAAAAAUUAUUUCGCAUCUAACUACGUGUUUAUUAUCAAAAUCGAUCGAAAAAUGGAAGUUAUUGUUUUUUUUUCAAAUUAGAAACUUGUUCGUAAGGUCUCUUAAGGAAGUUGCGCACUAUGGGAUUCAAUAAAUAUAUUUUUCGUUCUUUUUCAAAUUUUAACUUCAAAGUUUACACACAUACUUGUGAAUACUCAAUCGAGUAAAAAAUUGAUAUUUUGAAAAUGGUAUUACCAGUUUAUAUGGGUAUUUGUUGUGUGGCCGUACGCUUCAACCCGUAACUCAGGAACCGGAAGCCGGAUCAACCAAAAAUUCUUAUGGGAGCUUAUGAGAGCGUUAUACCCUUCAUUUAAAACUAAGUUAGUUCAAAUCGGUUUAGCUAUCUCUGAGAAAAUUGAGUGACAUUAUUUGACACACACAUACAUACACACAGACAUUUUGUGAUCUAUAAGAGGUAUAAAAGACUCGGCCCUGUGAGCCUCGGUUAAAAAGUCGAAAUUUCGACCGAUUGCAUAGCCUUGCUAUAUGAGAAAGGGAAAAAGGAAAAUAGUUUGAGUUUCGGAAAAUGAUAUCAUAAAAACUAAAACAUCUCAUUUUUUUAAGUAAAAUUUACUCACUUUUCUUCAAAAUAAUUGUGAGUAAAUUUUUUUAUUCAGUUUUCCGUGGUUCAUCGAAUGGCAAUCCGUUGAAUGGUUGUUGAGUUACCUCAGUGUUUGUUUUCAGAAAGAUUGAUCAGCGGGUGCGAUACUAAGUAUGCGCGGGGAGCGCAUGGCUGUUUAAAACAAAAGAAGGUCACUGUGGCACUACGAUUGCACGAGACUACCGGAGAUGUUAAAUAUUAACAGUUAGGCGAAUAAAAAAUUGAUUUUUUUUACCCAUUACUCACCCAUUUUUUUACUCUUUACUAAGUUAACUUUUAUGUCGGUCUUCUCGAAAUUUCGGCCAUGGUCGGAAACUGCUGAAAAUUUUUAGAAAAGGGUAACACCAAUCGGAAGUCCGUCAUAGUAAACGUAUACCGUCAAAGUUUGAUAACCGUACAUCAAUAGCAGUUCGAGAAAUAAACAAAAAACAAUAACGUGCUCUUCUCAUGUAAUUAUUGUGGCUCGUGUAACAAGGAUUUUCAGUUCUUAUAAAUGCUGUUUUACUAUUAUAUCAGUGCA